GUUAUCUUUUCCAUUGUGUAUCUGUACCGCACCUUGGAGUCACAGAUAUAACGAAGAGCGUAUACCACGCAUACCAUCAAAUCCUUCGAGCGCGCUUGAUGCAAUCCUAGAGGGGAAAUAUUAGAAGAGCCCCCGAAUCACGAACCUCGAACACGAGUACGUAAAAGAGUUAAGCAACCGUCGCUCGAGAUCCAGUUGCACGAACUUCGACGUCGCUUCGUCGCUGUGCCACCACCCGAACUCCCUCUUGGGGUCAAUCAAGACCGCCGGUUUUACGCGCGCGUGCCGACAUAUAUAUCUGACCAUCGAAGCAAGCAUAAACACUAGGCCAUAGGCCGAUCGCCUAUCAUGCCUCCAGAGGGUGAUGUAGCGUCCCUGGCGCAGGGCGCGGGAAAUAACUCGAGCGACUUUGUUCGCAAAUUAUACAAGAUGCUAGAAGACCCUGCCUACAGCGAGGUAGUGAGGUGGGGCAAUGAAGGUGACAGCUUUGUUGUUCUCGAGAAUGAGAAGUUCACCAAGACUAUAUUACCCAAACAUUUUAAGCAUAGCAAUUUUGCCAGCUUCGUCCGACAACUUAAUAAAUACGAUUUUCACAAAGUGCGGCAUAACGAAGAAAAUGGCCAAUCCCCAUAUGGCGCAUCUGCAUGGGAGUUUAAGCAUCCCGAGUUUCGCGCCGACAGAAAGGAUAAUCUUGAUAAUAUCAGACGAAAGGCACCCGCACCUAGGAAGGCCCAGGCAGCGGAGGAACCAUAUGGGGUUUCUAACCAACAAGUUCUUGUUCUCAGCGAGACGCUGGCGGCGACGCAGCAACAGGUUCAACAACUCCAGGAAUCAUAUCACGAAAUUGUGAAUGCGAAUAAGAUCUUUGUAGAUGAAAUACUUCACCUCCAGAAGCUGGUUCGCGCGCAAAACCAAGUACACAACGAAUUAAUCAACCAUUUGAAUAAAGUUGAGCAGGAAAGGAAAGAAAGUAGCCGAAGCUCGGGUCACUCGACAUCUGGAUAUGGAACAAACACAGCAAACCUCUUGUCUGACGGCUCCGAGUCGCCUCUCGAGCUGCGUCGUGCUCGUGAUAUUCUCAACGGCCUUCAAGUAGACCAUGUCGCGGAUCGAGAUCUAAACCGGAUGUCAGUCCAAUUACACCAAGCUGGCGGCUCCCCCGAAUCCGCUGGUUCUUCCGGUAUGAUGGGACCGCCAGGUGUAGGUGGCGUCAAUCCCUUCUUACACGAUCCUCUUAACGAUAUGCGACACCUCGUCUACCCCGUCGGCCAGACAAUAGGAAUCGAUCCUUUCGCUGCCGAGCACAUUAACAACCUUCCAUACAACCGGCCCGUACAGGAUAAUACGAUGGGCCCUAGCCCUGAAUUUAAUGGACCACCGAUGCAUUCUCAAACUCCGCCGGGAGGUGCGUCUCAAGGUGGCUCUCCAUGGGGAUCCAAGAAGCCUAUCGUCCUGCUCGUAGAAGAUGACAGGACAUGUGCUCGAAUUGGUUCCAAAUUCCUUGCCCAGUAUGAUUGUGGCGUGGAGGUUGCACGUGAUGGUCUCGAAGCUGUGAACAAAGUCAACGCAAAACAGCAUUAUUACGACUUGAUUUUCAUGGAUAUUGUGAUGCCUCAACUUGACGGCGUCUCAGCAACAGCCAUGAUCCGCGAAGUGCAACCCAACACUCCAAUCAUUGCAAUGACAUCCAAUAUUAACCAGCAAGAUCUUGAAAUGUACUUCCACUGGGGUAUGCGAGACGUCCUGGCCAAGCCGUUCACUAAGGAAGGAAUGAUUGGCAAGUUGAGGAAACAUCUUGCCAACUUCAUGCGGAACCCUCCCCCUGAGAGUAUGAUGGACCCGAUGUACCCUAAUGGAGCCUCUGCCCAACCGCCGACACCAGGACCGUAUUCGAACCAAGGAAUAGGUAUGGCUCCUCUAUCGGCAGCCUCGUCCGGUCCAGUAGGAAAGUUCGACACGACCCCGAUACAGUCUCCGGCCACGAGUGCUUCGUGGCAUUCCCCUAGUCAAAUGCCCCAUGCUUCGCCAACGUUGGCGCAGGACCAAGGAUAUCUAGGUGCAGGUAGCGGUUCCCAGAUGGUACUAACGCCGGGCGGGACUCAGAAACCCCAAUACGCCAAUGCCAUGAUGCCGCAAAUGGGUGUGCCCCCGCAGCAGAGGAUCCCCGAGGGUAUGCAACGCUCGGACGGGCCGCCUGAAAAGCGACAACGGAUAUAUGCGCCGCAGGGGAAUUAUAACCAAUGAUAACGGCGCAUCCCAGGCAAUUUCCCAUU